UGUGGCCGCGAGGGGCGACAGAGAGGCGCCACACGCUCGUUCAAUGACUCGUGGCCGUUCGUUCGUAGUAUUUCCUUUUAUUUAGGUGAGUUGCAGAUCAGCCAAAUAGAGGAGUGGGUCGAAAACAUUGGCAAAGUUUUAAUUAUUUUUUUCGUUUUUGCUUACUGUAAUCGGUGAGUGUGUUCACACAGCAUGGGUUCUUUAAGGGAUCGAGCAUUUUGACAUUUAAGAAGACGAAAAAGUCCGAUGCAGCUAUCCGCCGCGUUUCAAGCUGCUGGCUGUCAACUUGUGCUCUAGCUGCAACGGCUUUGACCGAGUCUUUUUCUCCAUUUGUCCUGGAAAAUAACUACUGCAGGAUAGUAAAAAAUAACAACGCGAGGGCGUUUGUGCUUUUGAACCAUGACCACUGAAGUUGCGAGUGACUUGGACGUGACAGUCAGUUGUUUGGGCGAAGGGAACCAAAACAAGUCGGACACUGAUCGACCCAGGAAACCCGAUCGAGAGAGCCACGAAGAGGGUCAGCAGGAUCCUCCUCAGGGCGACUCUAAACAUCAAAAACAAGGGGUCAUGGAAAGUAAAGCGGAUGGCGAAAGCACGGACAACACGAACGACAAGGAGAACGAGCAGAAUGCAUCGAGCCACAAAGCAGAAACUGGCAAGAAAGUGAUCGAGGCUCCUCCGCCAAAAGUAAACCCGUGGACGAAGAGGAACGCUUGCCCUCCUAAUAAUACCACCAACAGCUCGCUACAAACAGUGUCCUCUGAACCCCAGAGUCCUACCAAAGUUGUCCGUGUCAGUAAACCCAGAUCCAGGAAGACCAGUAAGUCGAGUGACUUCAGUGACAUCACAAACUGGCCAACCCCUGGAGAAAUCGCCAAUAAGGAGCAGCAGCAGAAUGUGAUAAACGUGCAGGUGAGGAAAGGGACGUCCGGACGGAGGGAGAGGAAGAAGGAUCACGGGGGAGAGAAGAGAGAGAAGGAGAGCGGAAGUGAUGGGAGUGACAGUAAGGAGAACAGGGAGGCGCAGUCGGAUCCAAUCACAGGACUUUCAAGUGAGCAGGAGACUGAGGAUGGAGUGGAAACGCACAACAGUGCCACCCACGGGAGAGGAGGCUGGCGAAGAGAGAGAGAUUUCUUUGAUGAGACAGUGAGCGUUCGCAGCGAGGGCAACAAUAUCCGCGGAGGCCUCAGGGGCAGGGGCAAAGGUCGUGGCCGAGGCAGAGGUCGUGGACGAGGUCGCUAUGACUACUCCCACAGUUACCGGGACACUUACCCGGAAGGGUCCACUGUUCCAGCUGAGUUCGGCACUAACAUGGUCUAUUACUACGACGAUGGCAACCGCGUGCAGAUGUAUACGAUUGAGGAGAAUUUACUUAAAGAAUACAUCAAACGCCAAAUUGAAUACUACUUUAGUCUUCCAAACCUGGAGCGUGAUUUCUUCCUACGGAGAAAGAUGGAUUCAAAAGGCUUUUUGCCCAUCUCUCUGAUCGCCAGUUUCCACAGAGUCCAGGCCCUCACCACCGAUAUCAACCUCAUUAAGGAGGCGUUGAAGAACAGUGAAGUUGUGGAGCUCGUUAAUGAGCAGAUCCGUAGGAAAGAAGAACCCGAGCAAUGGCCUAUCCCGGCUCCCUCUCUGGACUCCCCUCGCACAGAUUUUUCCCAGCUCAUUCACUGCCCUGAGUUUGUCCCAGGACAGACGUUCUCCUCCCUCGGCAAAGUGUCGUCCUCCCCAGUCAGUCAGCACAUAGAUGAACCCGGUCUGGUAAAUGGCCAAACUAGUGAUGACACAGAUGCAGCCAAACCUCAGUCCAAAGAAUCCUCUCCUUCAGGCUCAAAAAGCAGCUCUAGUGAAGAUGGGAAUACACCUAAAGAGAGGUCCAGCAGUCUCUCUGACCCAGAUGCCCAGCCGUGGAUACAGGUGGAAAAACGGCAUAGAAGCUUUACUGGAAAAAAUAAGUCCUGUCCUGUUGGUGUGCAGACCUCAGUAACUCCUCUUCCUCCUAGCCCUCCUCCUUCAUCUUCUCCUCCUCUUCCUUCUUCUCCUCUACCUCCCCUUGUUGAGUUGUCUCCAUCUGCAGAGCCCAAAGAAUUGUUUCAGUCCAGCUCAAAGCAGCAGCCUGAGGCAGAUCAGGAGGAGCUGGACUUCCUGUUUGAUGAAGAAAUGGAACGACUCGCAGCGCCUCGCAAGAACACCUUCACUGAUUGGUCAGAUGAUGAUUCUGAUGAUGAACUUGAUGACCGAGAUGUAAACAAGAUCCUGAUUGUUACUCAGACCCCCCCUCAUCUGCGGAAACACCCUGGGGGUGAUCGGACGGGGAACCAUGUGUCUCGUGCCAAAAUUUCAACUGACCUUGCCAAAGCCAUUAAUGAUGGUUUGUUCUACUAUGAACAGGAUCUUUGGACAAAGGAAGAAGGGCAACCAGAGUGUGCCAAUGCCAAGGAGGUGGAGAACUUCAAAAAGCUCAACGUGAUCAGCCAAGAUGAGUUUGAAACUCUGACCCCUAAACUUCCUGUUGAUCCCAACCAGGAGGUCCCGCCCCCUCCACCAUGUCAGACAGAUGAUUCUAGCAUGGCUCAUUCUCUCCCCACGGAUGUCCCAGAAUCCUCCAGUGUGCCUCGUACUCCACGUACACCACGCACUCCUGGAAGACAGGACCCCACCAAAACCCCACGCUUCUACCCUGUCAUCAAAGAUAGCGGAGACCUUGAUGGAAAAACACCCAGAAAGAGGAAAACCCGUCAUAGCUCUAACCCUCCACUGGAGUGCCAUGUAGGCUGGGUGAUGGACUCACGAGAGCACAGACCCCGCACUUCCUCCAUCAGCAGCUCGAAUGCGUCUCCGUCAGAAGGAGCUCCCGCGCUGUCAGGCAGUUACGGCUGCACCCCGCAGUCCCUGCCUAAGUUCUGGCAUCCAUCACAUGGGCUUUUGAAAGAAAAUGGCUUCACCCAGCAAGUUUACCACAAAUAUCGCAGAAGAUGCCUUAAUGAGAGGAAGCGAUUAGGUGUGGGUCAGUCUCAGGAGAUGAACACCCUCUUCAGAUUCUGGUCCUUCUUCCUCAGAGAUAACUUCAACAGGAAGAUGUAUGAGGAGUUCAAGCAGUUUGCCCUGGAGGACGCCAAAGAGAACUACAGGUACGGACUGGAGUGUCUGUUCCGGUUCUACAGUUAUGGACUAGAGCGCAGGUUCAGACAGGAUAUCUUCAAGGACUUCCAGGAGGAGACCAUCCAGGACUAUGAGAAAGGUCAACUAUAUGGACUGGAGAAAUUCUGGGCUUUCCUGAAAUAUGCAAAGGUGAAGAAUCAGCCCAUUGACCCCAAGCUCCAGGAAUACCUCAGCAAAUUCAAGAGCAUUGAUGAUUUCAGAGUAGAUAGCACAGAUGAGGUGGAGCUGCUUCAGAACAGAGAGGGUGAGAUAGGGAAAAGCAGUAGCAGCACAACGUUACAGAGAACAGAUGAGGUGAAGCUGCUUAAAGACAGGGAGGGUGAGACAGGGAGAAGUAGCUCAGAGUUGCAGCCACCCAUAGCAGAGGAUGGAGUAAGGAGGAAAGCACACUCAUCCUCCACAGGGGAUGAGGUGAAACGUAGGCGGCACAACUCAACAUCAUCAUCCAAACAGACCCCAGUUGCCAAGACGUCUUCAGACAAUCAACCAACCGCAGGAGUGAUGGCAAAAACAACCACAACGGAUCAAGCCGCUGCCCCAACAACAGGGAAAACCACCAAUCAACCAUCAGCCAAGCCAGUCACAGCCAGUCAGAAACCAGCGCCUCUUAACGCCAAAAGCAGCACGGCUAAUGACCCGUCUACAAAAGCCCCACCCAAAGAGAAUGUGAAGAAGAAUACCUCAUCAGAUGCUCGUAAAGGAGAGGCGGCGACGAGCAAAACCAACGAUGCCCAACAGCCAAAGAAAUGAACAUCUUACUACACUAUAUACAGUAUUUGAGUGUGAUUCUAACUCUGGAGCUGUGAAAAGAUUUUCAGUGCUGGUGCUGGCUUACGUUUUUCACCACAACCUCGGAAGUGAGCCAGUCAAACGUUAGAGCAAACACCAACUGUCAGACCGUUGCGUUCACAAACUGAAGAGUAAACCAGAAAUAUCUUUAUGUUGUACAAGGUGCAUUUUCUGGACAGGUUAACUUCCAUAAGAAUUUUUUUUUUUUUUUUUUUUUCUGCAGUUAGUAGUUUCAGAAUCAAUGACGCAUUGUGAACUUGUUUUGCUGUAAAGUUUACAAAAGGUGCGUUCCUACAUUGAAUGCUGUUUUAUCUCUUUUUAAAAUUAGUUUUACCUUUGCAAAUGCCUUACAUUUCAAAAGCAACUAUAUAUAUAUAUAUAUCAGCUUAAGUAAUUAAUAAUAUCUUGGUUUUUAAGUGUUUUUAAUUUGUGCGAAAUGCACUGCACACAUAUUUAGUUCAGUUAUUUUAAAAACUCAAAUAAAAAAAACUUGAACUGAGGUUGACACAAGAUAACACACUAUAUAGCUUAUUGCAUUUUUUGCUCUUUUAGAUUGUGUAGGAAAUAAGACAGUGAUGGAAUACUAAGUUCUUUAUGCUUUUAUGAUUAGCUGAGUGUCUGAGCUGAAUAUUGGAGAAGUACGUAGAUAUCAGUGGCGAGGGAUUGUUAAAAAGUGUUAACAUCAUCAGGAACUACAGGAUUUGUCCUGCCUUUCAAAUGAAUAUUAGGUCGUUCACAUUGCUGAGCUGGUGAUCUUGAAGACGCCACGUCUCAAUUGAUAAUUUUGACUUAAAUUGGAAAACAUCUGUGUACUUGAAGUUUCUAAGAAAUGUUAACUUUUUGAAAGGAAUUAUUCUUCCUUUUAAAUUUUGAAUCCUAUUGGAGUUUAGUUUGAGAUAAUUUAUUGUUUUACUCUCUUUUGAAAGCUUAAUUGAUUAUAAUCUUUUUUUUUUUGUUGUUGUUGAUAUUACUGAGAGAGUGUAGAAUGCUGCAAACAUUGUGUCCCAAAGAAUACUUUUAUUUGCAUUAUAUUUUUAUUUUUCACUUUGGAAAAGUAAGUAAUAAAAUUGAAUCUGUGUUUUUUUCUCACUUAUGAUCAGUAAUCAGACACUGAAUUAAUGUCCCGAUUGUAUCAUAUUUGCUUAUGAAACCUGUACAUAGAAAAAUAUUAGAAGCAGCUCUCUAAUUUCAAUCAAAUAAUUUUUAUUGAUUCAUUUUAUUGUGGUAUUUUUGUUUGUGUGCGCUUGUGUGUUGGUAUGCAUGUCGGUUAAAAAAAAUUAUUUCCUCAAAUUGUAAAAUGUAAAAAAAAAAAUUAAAAUAUAUUAAAAUCUGUUUAUAAAACCCCAAAA